AUGGAUGAAGAUUUUGAGACGAAUAAAAUAAAAAUUGGCGACCCUGAUUCAAACGAACUAACAGAAAAGGAGGGAAUAUCAGCCACCCAAGGAUGUAAAAGCUAUGUAUUUCCUGUAGACAAUGAUAGAUUCAUAAGAUUAAUUGAUACUCCUGGAAUUGGCGACACCAGAGGAAUAAAAAAAGAUAAGGAAAAUUUUGGAGAAAUUUUAAGACAUAUUAGUCACUACGAGCACCUAAAUGGGAUUUUCAUUCUUCUCAAGCCCAAUAACGCACGACUAAACGUGGUGUUCAAGUAUUGCAUACAAGAAUUACUAACACAUCUCCACAAAAGUGCUAAAGAUAAUAUUGUUUUCUGUUUUACAAAUGCUAGAUCAACCUUUUAUCGUCCAGGUGACACAUUACCGACACUUAGACAACAGCUCUCUAAUCUUAAUGAAAGAUCUGGCGUUGAAAUAAAGACAGAUAGAAAUACUAU